UGUCCUAUAUGUGGGAAAAGUUUCAGUCAGAAUUCCAACCUGGUGAGUCACCAGAGAACUCACACAGGAGAGAAACACUUUGAAUGUUCUAUCUGUGGGAAAAGUUUCAGUCGGAAUUCCUACCUGGUAAUACACCAGAGGACUCACACAGGAGAGAAACUGUUUGAAUGUCCUAUCUGUGGAAAAGGUUUUGGUCAGAAUUCCCACCUCAUGAGACACCAGAGUACUCAUACAGGAGAGAAACUGUUUGAAUGUCCUGAUUGUAGAAAAGGUUUUAGUCAGAAUUCUGACCUCAUGAGACACAAGAGGACUCACACAGGAGAGAAACCCUUUGAAUGUCCUGACUGUGGGAAAAGUUUCAUUCGAAAUUCCAACCUCAUAAGACACCAGAGGACACACACAGGAGACAAACCCUUUGAAUGUCCUAUCUGCGGGAAAAGUUUCAGUGAGAAUUCCCACCUGGUAAUACACCAGAGGAUUCACACAGGAGAGAAACCCUUUGAAUGUCCAGACUGUGGAAAACGUUUUAGUCAGAAUUCCCACCUUAUGAGACACCAGAAGACUCACACAGGAGAGAAACCCUUUUGAAUGUCCUGAUCAUUGGAAAAGUUUCAGUUGGAAUUCCUACCUAUUAAUACACCAAAGGACUCACACAGGAGAGAAACCAUAUGAGUGUCCAGACUGUCGGAAAGAUUUUAGUACUAAGGAUAGCCUUCUAAAUAAUAUGCUUAUAUACAAGGGGAGUAACCAUUUAAGUGCCCUGAGUGUGAACAAUGCUUUAGGAAACCUUGCAACCUUAUCACACACAGGAAAAUCCAUAUGUGGAUCAAAGUAAUGAGUGGCUUGAAUUUCAUUUGAAAUGUCCCAUUGUAAGUUCAACUGAUAAAUUGACUCUUUAAUUUGACUACAAAGAAUUUGCCUGAUUUUUGAUCAUCAAAUAUGUCAUACUAUUAGAUGGGAAGGAGGAAAGAGAAAAAUUGGAACAUGUUAAUUUGAUAAGGACUGUUUGGCCAUCAGCAGCAGAAGUUGCUGAAUAUUGAUUUUUGCAGAAAUUGUGCAAAUCUGAAAAAAUAUUUUUAGGAAUGUUUUUUCCAUUUUUAUCCUAAUAAAUUAUAGAAAUGCCACAUGCAGGGUCCCCGCCUUCUCCCUGGGUAUCCUCGAUAUUUUCAUCCCCAAAUUCCCCAAUCAGUAUCUCUUCGGGAUAAGAGCACUCAAGCUGUAGUUAGAGAUUGUGGCUCCUCAUAUAAGGAGAAAACAAGAGGAGAAGAGAAAUUGUUUAUCUUUUCCUAACAAUUGCAUUGGGAUCAACAUUUAUUCUUUCCUAACAAUUCCAGAAAUUCAUUGCACCACAAGCGUGUCUGCUCAGAUUGUGUCAAGAAUGAGGCAAGAACAUGGAAGAAACCACAUGAAUAGCAAAUAUAUUGGGGGUGUUUGGUGCAGUGACAAAAGCAGUGUAAAAUUUCAGAUGUAAAGGUUGUUAAUGCCCUUCAGGUGACCUUCAUGGAGAAGAGCUGUAGGAAUAUUGAGUCGAGGAGAAAAGAGAUUAUGUGUCAGGUGCCCAUAGAUUCCUAUUGGAACUCUGCCAUUUUGGCGGGGAGGGCCUGAAUGCCAUUUUAUGACCUUUUUGCGUUUCUGUUCUUUUCUCAACUUUGAUGUACUUUCAUGGGAAGGGGAAGGAAUUGCCUGUGGCCAUCUGUUUUAUCUCAGCUCCAACAGAAUGAGCAAGCUGUGCCUGAGAACAAUUUCUUACCACCUUCUCAACUCUUGAGUUCUCACAACAACUUUGUACCUGUGGAUUGGCUUGCCUUAGACUGGGCAGAGAGGAGGGGUUUCUACAAAUUUUAACCUAAUGGUUUUGAGUAGGAACUUCAGAUCUUACUUGCUCUACUUGCUAUCAUUGUCUCAAUAAAAGUUUCUUUUUGAAAUCCC